AUGAGGAUUCGCCCGGGAUGCGCGACUGCACUAGUAGUGCUACUGCAGAUCGCUCUUGUGGCGGGCAAGGCUUUGGAGCAAAUACAGCAAAUACAACUACAAGUGCAACAGCAACAGCAACAGUACGGUACAGCGGCUGAUAAACGAUUGGGCGGUUGGAACGGAGAUGCCGGAGGAGACUACGGUGGUGGUUUAGGUGUUGAAGAUUACGGUGGAGGUUUCGGAGGUGGUGGCGAUAACCUUGGUGGAGCCAUCGAAGAACAUCACGCGCAAGAGCAUCACGACGAUCAUCACGAUGAUCAUGGUUAUUGGAAAAAGAAAUUAAUCUGGAAAAUAGGCUGGAAAAAAAUAUGGAAACCGGCUCAAAAACAAAUUUGGAAACCCGCGUGGAAAAAGAUUUGGAAGCCUGUUUGGGAGCCAACGAAGAAGGCUGUUUGGAAGGAUAUUCAAGUACCAGCUUGGAAAAAAAUUUGGAAGCCUGUCUGGAAAGAGAUACAGGUGCCAGUGUGGAAAGAAAUUCAGGUACCUGCUUGGAAAAAAAUCUGGAAACCUAUAUGGGUGCCUAUCAAAGUUCCAGCUUGGAAAGAAAUUCAAGUACCCGAAUGGAAGAAAAUUUGGAAACCAGUGUGGAAGGAAAUACAAGUGCCAGCUUGGAAAGAAAUUCAAGUACCGGCUUGGAAGCAACUUUGGGUACCGGAAUGGGUGAAAAUUGGUAUACCCGGUGAACAUUAUCACGGUAAGGACCAUCAGGGCUGGGAAUAUACCAGUCACGAUUUGUGGAAGAAAAAACUGAUCUGGAAGCCGGUAUGGAAAAAAUAUUGGAAACCGGCAAAGAAACAAAUAUGGAUACCGGAUAAGAAACUCGAGUGGAAGGAAGCUUGGAAGCAGAUCUGGCGACCUGCUAAGAAACAAAUCUGGGUUGACGACAAGAAGUUGGCGUGGAAAGAAGAAUGGAAACAAAUAUGGAAACCAGAUAAAAAGUUGAUUUGGGUACCGGACAAGAAGUUGGAGUGGAAAGAAGCUUGGAAACAAAUUUGGAAAACUGAGAAAAAACUCGAAUGGAUACCAGACAAAAAAUUAGCUUGGAAAGAAGCGUGGAAGCAGAUUUGGGUGCCGGCGUGGAAAGAAAUUUGGGUGCCCGCGUGGAAGAAGAUUUGGAAACCGGUAUGGAUAUCGGAAUGGUUCCCUAGCGAGGAUCACCACCAUCCUCAUCAUAAUGAAGGAUGGGCCGAUCGAAAGGAUGAUCGAGAACAGAACACGCAAGUGGUUCCGCUAAAUCCCGAGUUCGCAAGGAAUCAAAAUAAAGGGAAUCAGCAACAGCUAGCCGAGGCAAACCAAGUUAGAUGGACCCCUUCCAUCCAAGGGGGUAGAAGGUCCUCAUUAGCGGAAAACUUGCUACCACCGCCGGUUCCAACGUCUAAUCAAAACGGCGCGUCUUCGAACUUUACCUUCCGCACUCGUUAAUUCGCGUGAAGG